AUGGCCUCGUACUGCGAAGGCUCCGGUGUCUGCCGGGCCCCGCACAGCCAGGCCCGGGCAGCCGCGCACCCGGUGGGCUACGGGCGCGGGGAUCUGGGCGCCGCGGGCGCCGGCCAGCGCCUGUGGCUGAACGCGCCGGCUCUCAGCCCCGCGCCCUAUGCGCCCUGCCCUGGGUCCGCGCAGCCCUACGCGGCCUCUGGCUACGCGGCCCCCGGCCCCCUCCUCGGCGCCCCGGGCAGCCUGGCGGGCGCCGACCUGGCGUGGCUGAGCCUCUCGGGCCAGCAGGAGCUGCUGCGGCUGGUGCGGCCGCCUUACUCGUACUCGGCGCUCAUCGCCAUGGCCAUCCAGAGCGCGCCGCUGCGGAAGCUGACGCUCAGCCAGAUCUACCAGUACGUGGCCGGCAACUUCCCCUUCUACAAGCGCAGCAAAGCGGGCUGGCAGAACUCCAUCCGCCACAACCUGUCGCUCAAUGACUGCUUCAAGAAGGUGCCCCGCGAGGAGGAUGACCCAGGUAAAGGCAAUUACUGGACCCUGGACCCAAACUGCGAGAAGAUGUUCGACAACGGGAACUUCCGACGGAAGAGGAGGCGGAGAGGAGAGCCGAGCGCCGCUGCUCCCUCGGGAGCCGGGAGCCCGGGAGGAGCCGCGGCACCGGAGCUGGAGCCCCUCGGCGCGGCCUCCCCGGACCUGCAGGCCCCGCCGUCCCCGCCCGGGCCCGACGCUGCCUCCUGCUUCUCCAGUUUCGCCUCGGCCAUGGGGGCCCUGGCUGGCGGCCUCGGUACCUUCCCCGCGGGCCUGGCGGGAGACUUUCCUUUCGGGAGACCGACGCCCGUCGCCGCCCACGGGUCGCAAGCCCCAGGCCCCGCGCCCGGCUUCAGCACCGGCCAUCAGACAGCGGCCACCGGCUUCCGCGUGGGCCACUUCGUCUACAGUCGGGAGGGGACCGAAGUCUAAGGGGGAGGCGGGGAUUGUCCCAAGUGCUGCGCCGCGGUGCUGAGCUCAAGCCCGGAUUCCCGCCGCUGCAGAGUGGGUGUCGCAGAAGGAGCGCACGCAGACAGCUGAGCGCAUCUUAGCCUCCCAGUGGCCGGCGCGUCAUGCCUCAUCCCAGCGACCAUUCAGAUGGAGACUGUGGCUGCUCCCUGUGCCAAGGCUUCUACUUCCUCUGAGCCUCCACCCGUGCUCUGGCCGGAUCCACCUUCAAGGGGCAACAGGCUGGCACCCAGCUCCUGCUUUUUGGAGAGGAGCCUGGGCCACUGUAAAGAGACUUCUAGGUGUUGUGGGAGCGCCGCCUGGGUGC